AUGGAUCGCUUGCCAACUGAAAUUCUCGAGACGAUCGGGACCUUCGUAGACGACAAGCCCACACAAAGGGCUUUGACUGAAAGCUCUGUCGAAUUUCACACGCUGUUUACACCACGUCUCUAUUCCUCUAUCAUCCUACCAAGCAUCUGGACACCUGUCCAAUUUGAUCUUAUUCGACGACUGUGCUCUUCGCCUGAGUUGGCGAGACUUGUUCAUCACUUUGCUUUCAGGAUUCGGGGGUGCGACGACUACGGCGAGGAUGAACUCCCCCCGAGGCGCAAAGAGUAUAAGCCCUUCAUUGAUGAACUUGUGGCUGCAUUAUGUGAACUGGGAUGUGAUAAAUGGGUGUGGUGGGAAGGUCUGGAGAGCUUAUCUGAAGACGCAUGGGCUUGCGCAACGCUCAUUAAAUUGACUCGUCUAACUACUUUGAAGGUCAGUCUUGAGAACUAUGAUUUUUCGGAUCUCACAGAGACGUACCUAGCAAGAAUCUGGAGAUCAGCAGCUUUUCGUCCACAACCACCAGUCCACGCUGCUCCAUUUCAACGUCUCAAAGAUAUCUUUCUCUUCCAAAACCGCCGGCAGAUCUCAGCACAAACACUGCUUACUUCACAGCAUAUACUGUAUUCGCUCUGUUUUCCAGCUCUCAACCAUGUCAGUGUGUGCGGACAUUUUGACUAUUGGGAUUAUGAACAAGAUCUCGAAAAGUGCCUGCGUUACGACAAGUUCAUGAUUACAAAUUGUCCAGUCUAA